AUGGCUGGUGGCACAGCCUCACAGGUCCAUCGAGGAGUGGGGCAUGCGGCCGGGAGAUACGCUGGUGCGUUCGGUGAAGCAUGGCCGUGGAUAGUUGGGAAAUGUGCUCGGGAGAGCACGCUGGGAAUAGCCUGCAGAGCUGGCCGGCUUGGCGGAGAGGAAGUGUUGUGAAUGCAGGUAGCUUGCUGAUCUGUGAUAUGAGGAACAUAAAAGCUUGAAACAAAAUAAGACUAAAGCAUGAAACGCCAAGAGCCAACUGAUUUCAACAGCGAGGUUGAGAGACUAGCAGAGUAGAGGCAGUGGUGGAAAAAGUACCCAAUUGUCAUAAAGUAAAAGUUAAGAUAUCUUUAGAAAAUGACUCCAGGAAAAGUGAGUCACCCAGUAAAAUACUACUUGAGUAAAAGUCUAAAAGCAUUUGGUUUUAAAUAUACUUAAGGAUCAAAAGUAAAGGUAAUUGAUAUACUUAAGUAUCAAAAGUAAAAAAUAAUUUCGAAGUCUUUAUAUUAAGCAAACGUCAUAAAAAUAAAAUCAGGGGCACGCUCCCACACUGACAUUUACAAACAAAGUAUGUGUUUAGUGAGUCAACCAGAUAAGAGGCUGUAGGGAUGAGACCAUUUUAUUGUCCUGCUAAGCAUUCAAAAUGUAACGAGUACUUUUGGGUGUCAGGUAUAAUGUAUGGAGUAAAAAGUACAUAAUUGUCUUUUGUGAAAGUUGUCAAAAAUAUAAAUAGUAAAGUACAGCUACCCCAAAAAACUACUUAACUAGUACCAAGUAUUUUUACACCACUGAGUAGAGGUUAGUGAAUGAGACCUGAUGGGAGCAGGUGAGAGAAAUGCAACAAAAGAUGAGUGACGUUACCUUUGAUACCGGCAUGCGUCGAAAUCGCUAAGCAGUUUACUUUGAAGCAGUGUGCUGAAGCUUGUAUCACUAUAAGAAUUGGCUUGGUUUUGUCGAACCACCACCUGACUGGUUUGGUAUUGGUUUCGGUAGAAGACAGGCUACCCUGCGCACGCACUAUGGUCUAUGCAACAUCUAUAAUAAUUUGGUACUGUGGAUCAAAGCCUCAAGGAAUUAACCUAUUCGUGACAAUUGGCUGGACAUGCUCAAUGCAUCAGGAAGCUUAGUUUUCCCAUCACUACAAAAGCUUACAAUUAACUUGAUGAGCAGAGAACUUGCUCAGCAAAACUCAAUAAGGCUAGAAAUGCACAGUGUCGCACUGCAGAACGAAGAGGAUUGUUAGUUUGGUCAUGUUUAAGUAGGAUGGCAGUGGUGAUUAAGGAGAGUGAUGACAGGUGUGUGGAGGCUGAAGAGCAAUGAGUUGCAGCUGAUACUUGUUGAGGACCUGUGUUCAAGGCAACUAGUUAAAGUGUUGCAAACAGGCUUGGAAGCUGAAUUAGUAUCAGCUGGUGCUUGUUGAGUUGCUAGGGAGCUGUGUUCAAGACAACUAGUUAGUGGUUGCAUUCAAGCAGACAGGAAGAGGUAAAGAGAGGCCCAACUCAGCUGAAAAUCUGUCUCCCUCCAGCAGGUGGUGUUUUUCUCGCCCACCAAGCAAGGAGUUUUUGGAUGGAGGUCAAUGAGAGUGUGGAAUUUGGUCAACAAAAAAAGGAAUGGCUAUUUGAUACGUGAGGUUUAUUUGAUUGAAUAGAAGUUUCGUAAUGCUUAGGUUGUUACGAGUGUACCGAUAUAGUUGUUACGAGUGUGCCCAAGAAAGCGAAGGUAACCUGCCUAAAUGACUACCGCCCCGUUGCACUCACGUUGGUAGCCAUGAAGUGCUUUGAAAGGCUGGUCAUGGCUCACAUCAACACCAUCAUCCUGGAAACCCUAGACCAGGACUGCCCAACCCUGUUCCUGGAGAGCUACCGUCCUGUAGGUUUUUGCUCCAACCCUAAUCUAGCACACCUGAUUCUAAUAAUUAGCAGGUUGAUAAGAUGAAUCAGGUUAGUAACACCUGUGGUUGGAGCAAAAACCUACAGGAGGGUAGCUCUCCAGGAACAGGGUUGGGCAACCCUACCCUAGACCCACUCCAAUUCGCAUACCACGCCAACAGAUCCACAGAUGACGCAAUCUCAAUCGCACUCCACACUGCCCUUUCCCACCUGGACAAAAGGAACUCCUAUGUGAGAAUGCUGUUCAUUGACUACAGCUCAGCGUUCAACACCAUAGUGCCCACAAAGUUUGCUGACGACACAACAGUGGUAGGCCUCAUCACCGACAACGAUGAGACAGCCUAUAGGGAGGUCAGAGACCUGGCAGUGUGGUGCCAGGACAACAAACUCCCUCAACGUGAGCAAGGCAAAGGAGCUGAUCGUGGACUACAGGAAGAGGAGGGCCGAACAGGCCCCCAUUAACAUCGACGGGGUCAGCUCCUUUGCAUGGAGCUGACCCUGCAGAUAGCACUACUGGGUGAUCUGAAAAGUCAUAGUCAAUCGAUCAAUAAUAUAAUAAUACUUUUAGCAAAGAUGUUUAUUUUCAAUUCACAAACUGUAGAAACUAUGAGAAUAGAAAGGUUCAGAACUUUUGUAAAACAUCACAGUACAGUUGAAAAAUAUAUGGCAAAUAGAAAUCCAAUAUGGAUGGUGUUAAGAGAUAGAUGGGAGGUGUUGAAUAGAGCUGAAGGAUGGGACUAAUAACUAACAAAAAUGAAUAACAACAAGAUAACUAGUGUAAGACAUGCGAAAAUGAUCGGAGGAAGUUCAGGAAUAAAAACCAACAAAAUAUAAUUAUUGACUGUGUCCAUAAAAUGUAUAUAGUAUGUAUAAGCAUGAAGUAGAGGCCUAAGCAUUGUUGUUUACUCCAAUUAGGGAGGGGAUGGUGGGGUUGGAAAGUAAUAAAGGGAAAUACAUAUUUUUUUAAAGGAUGUGUAUAUAUAUGUGUGUGUGUGUGUGUGUGUGUGUGUGUGUGUAUGCGAGGAAAAAAAAGAUAAAGAAAAAACAAAUGGGGGAUUGGAAGUGAUGCAGACAAUUACAUUGAUGGAAGUUAAAAUCUAUCUACAAUAUUAAAGCUGAUCUACCCCUAAAAAAAAAAAAAACAUUGACGGGGCUGUAGUGGAGCGAGUCGAGAGUUUCAAGUUCCUUGGUGUCCACAUCACCAACGAACUAUCAUGGUCCAAACACACCAAGACUGUUGUGAAGAGGGCACAACAUCACCCUUUCCGCCUCAGGAGACUGAAAAGAUUUGGCAUGGGUCCCCAGAUCCUCAAAGUUCUACAGCUGCACCAUCGAGAGCAUCCUGACCGGUUGCAUCACCGCCUGGUAUGGCAACUGCUCGGCAUCCGACCGUAAGGCGCUACAGAGGGUAGUGCGUACGGCCCAGUACAUCACUGGGGCCAAGCUUCCUGCCAUCCAGGACCUAUAUACUAGGUGGUGUCAGAAGAAGGCCCAAAAAUUGUCAGACUCCAGUCACCCAAGUCAUAGACUGUUCUCUCUGCUACCGCACGGCAAGCGGUACCGGAGCGCCAAGUCUAGGUCCAAAAGGCUCCUAAACAGCUUCUACCCCCAAGCCAUAAGACUGCUGAACAAUUAAUCAAAUGGCCACCCGGACUAUUUACAUUGAACCCCUACUCGCUGUUUAUUAUCUAUGCAUAGUCACUUUACCCCUACCUACAUGUACAAAUUACCUCAAAUAACCUGUACCUCCACACAUUGACUUGGUACUGGUACCCCCUGUAUAUAGCCUCGUUAUUGUUAUUUUAUUGUUUGUUACUUUUUAUUGUAUUUACUUUAGUUUAUUUAGUAAAUAUUUUCUUAACUCUAUUUCUUGAACUGCAUUGUUGGUUAAGGGCUUGUAAGUAAGCAUUUCACGGUAAUGUCUACACCUGUUGUAUUUGCCACAUGUGACAAAUCAAAUUUGAUUUCAUUUGGAAGUAGGAUACGUGACAUCAACGCAACUUUGAGAAAAAACACUUUAUAUCGGAGUUGUCUCGAGAUGGCCAUGCAUAUUCAUGGCAUGAGGCUAGCCUCUCCAGUGAAUACAGGCGGUUGAUGUCAACAAUCCUCAUCUAGUGUUAAAAAAAUUAAAUGUAUCCACCAAUCCAAAGAAAGGAUAGGCGGGAGUUAGACAGCCCGCCGUGAUGCUUUGUGGACAACGACUCCAAUUGUUAGGGCAGAGAAAAUUAUCUUGUCAGUAUAUCCAUAAUAUUUGAUUCAAGUCUAGUCCUCUCUCCUGAAUUUGUGUUAAUUGUUAACACCAUUAAAAAUGUUUCUGCGUUUUUGUAGCUGGCCUGUGUUUGGAUUCUGUGUUGUGUCAGCCCCUUUGGCCUGGACUACUCAUCAGCUAUACUAGCUAAAUGUAUCCCUUUGUUAUGGGAUAGUAAAGUGUUGAAUAAUGUACCAUGUUUUCUCUAGGCUAUCACAGCUGCACAGAGACGUGGAGAAGACCUCGAUACUACUAAGAAAUGUAAGCCUUAUUCUAUAUAGCAAUAAUUUCAACGUGCAAUCCACCAUCUCCCCUACUUGGAGGUCUGGAACAUGAUGGAUUGAUUUCUGAGUGUUAUGGUUCGUUUUACUAACCAUGCCAAUUAAUCUGUGUCCACAGGGUCUGCAGGGCAGAACAAGCAGCACCUGGUGACCAAGAACACCGCCAAGCUGGACCGGGAGACGGAGGAGCUGCAGCACCUGAGGGUCUCCCUGGAGGUGGGCAAGGUUAUCCAGCUGGGCCGCCAGAACAGCGGCCUCACCCAGAAAGACCUGGCCACUGUGAGUAAAGCUGCCGCAGACCCACAUGACUCAUUAGGAUAGUGGUAUUCAACGUUUUUCAGCAGGGACCCCAAUUAUUCCGCCGGAAUUUCUCGGGACCCAAUUUUAUUCGCAAUAACUUCUCGUGACUCCACCCCACCCCAAAUAUGACACAACCUUAAAAUCGGUACAUUUAGAUUUUUACAUCAACAAAUAACCCUCAAUUCAUUACAUUUUAAUCCCUUAUUAAAAUGAAAAUCUUUCUCAAAAACGUUUGUAUAUUACCCCAUAUAUUAAUCUGUACUAUUAAUUUGUAUAUAUAUUGGGGGGCACCCCACAGCAGUUCCCCCCAACUUUGAAUACCAUAGCAUUAGGACAUUGGUGCAUUUCUGUAGGAAGAAUUUUUGUGGCUUCCACCUCGUCUCCUCUGCACGUCUGAAAACACAGGGUAGGUGAAAACAAUGUCCAACACAUUCACAUCAGUACAGAUGUAGAUGAGAGGAGGACACUUCCGAGAUGCAUAUAGCUUAAAUGAGAUAUGGCCUCAGUGAUGACUGACAUUUCAACAGUUUUGGACUGUAGGUCUAAAUAUCAUCAUGUUUUUAGGUCACUGAUUUCUACUGAUGUCUCUUUUGGCUUUGACUUUCAGAAAAUUAAUGAGAAGCCUCAGGUCAUCGCAGACUAUGAGUGUGGAAAAGCAAUUCCCAACAAUCAGGUCAUGGGCAAAAUUGAGAGAGCAAUCGGUGAGUGGAAUCUGGGACAGACUGUCACACUGACAUUGUUAUUAAUCAACCUGUUUUAUCAGGUCUCAGAGUAGGAUGAUGCCACCUUAUUCAUCAGUACUUUUGAUUUUACCAUUGGUACUUUUUUGUGUCUGACAUCACAGAUUUUUGUUCUCAGGUUUGAAACUGCGCGGGAAAGAUAUUGGACUGCCCCUGGAGGCAAAACCCAAGAAGAAAUGA